AUGAACGGGGCAAAAUUCGACGUUGUUGUUGCAUCGGAAAUCGUCGAACAUGUUGCUAACCUCGAUUCGUUCAUCACGGGUUGCGCUCGGUUGGCGAAGCCGGGUGCACCGUUGCUUUUCACCACAAUUAAUAAGACGCUCGCCAGUCGUGUCUUAGCUAUAUGGUUAGCUGAGAAUGUGUUAAAUAUCGUGCCGCAAGGAAUUCAUCAGUGGGAGAAAUUUGUGGAACCUGACGUCCUUUCAUCGAUUCUUGAACGGAAUGGCUGCAGUGUCAGGGCUAUCGCUGGCUUCACAUACAAUCCGGCAACGAAUGUGUGGUCUUGGACACCGUCAACAGCUGUCAAUUACGCUUUGAUCGCUGAGUGUAUAAUCUCUGGUAUGCUCUCCGUUUCGGGCAAAAAGGUUCUCCAUAUCGACAGAAACAAUUACUAUGGAGGGGAAUCGGCGUCGCUGACUCCCCUUGAGCAGCUGUACGAGAAAUUUAUGGGUCCAAAUGCCAAACCCCCUCCGGAGAUGGGUCGUGGUCGUGACUGGAACGUGGACUUGAUUCCGAAGUUUCUCAUGGCUAAUGGGUCUUUAGUUAAGCUUCUUAUCCAUACUGGUGUCACUCGAUAUCUUGAGUUCAAGUCUGUUGAAGGAUCGUAUGUUUACAAAGGUGGAAAGGUUUACAAAGUGCCUGCUGAUGAAAUGGAAGCCUUGGCCACCAGUUUGAUGGGAAUGUUUGAGAAACGUCGUUUCAAAAAGUUCCUUUGUUGGGUGCAAGGAUUUGAUAAGGUCAACAAGGAUACAUGGCAAGGUCUCGACCCCGAUGUUCACACCAUGCAGCAGGUGUAUGAGAAAUUUGGCCUCGACGACAACACUGCUGACUUUACCGGUCACGCUUUGGCUCUGUAUCGAGAUGAUGACUACAAGCAGCAGCCAUUUGGUCCAACUGUUGAGAAGAUUCGUCUCUAUUCUGACUCCUUGGCUCGCUACGGGAAGUCUCCAUACCUUUAUCCUCUGUACGGUCUUGGAGAACUACCUCAGGGUUUUGCUCGUUUGUCAGCAAUUUAUGGAGGCACUUAUAUGUUAGAUAAGCCAGUAGACGGUUUGAUCAUAGAGAACGGAAGAGUGGUCGGCGUCAAAUGUGGAGAGGAGACUGUUCGCGGAAAACAGGUGUACUGCGAUCCAUCCUAUGCUAUGGAUAAGGUGAAGAAAGUUGGCCAAGUUGUUCGAGCCAUUUGCCUUCUGAAUCACCCGAUUCCUGGCACGAACGAUGCUCAGUCGUGUCAAAUCAUCAUUCCUCAAAAGCAAGUGGGAAGGCAUUUUGACAUUUACAUCUCCUGCUGCUCGAAUACGAAUAUGGUCACACCGAAGGGAUGGUUCGUUGCCAUGGUAUCUACAACAGUAGAGACAAACAAUCCGGAGGCGGAGAUCUUGCCUGGACUACAGCUUCUCGGAACCAUCACUGAAAAGUAA